UCGACUAAUCCAGUUCUCAGCAGCUCACCCCUCCCAAGCCCAAGGCACUGGCAGUAGCAAUCGUACUCGUCUCAACGAGUCAACGUGCGUAUGGGUACCUCCGAUCCAUCCGUGGAGAUGGCGGCGUCCAAGCCUUGCGUCCUCGUCGUGCCCUUCCCCGCGCAGGGCCACACGGUGGCGCUCCUCGACCUGGCGGCCCUGCUGGCCGCGCGCGGGCUCCGCCUCACCGUCGUCACCACACCCGCCAAUGCCUACCUGCUCUCGCCUCUCCUCGCCGCUCACCCCGACAUGGUCCGGCCCCUCACGCUCCCCUUCCCCUCCCACCCUUCUCUCCCCGCGGGCCUCGAGAGCUUCCAGGACUGCCCUCCCACCUACGCCGCCGUCUUCGUCCACGCUCUCGCCGCCCUCCACCACCCCAUCCUCGCGUGGGCCAAGUCGCACCCCGUCGCCGCCAUCCUGUCCGAUUUCUUCUGCGGGUGGACGCAGCCUCUCGCUGCCGAGCUUGGCGUCCCGAGGCUGGUCUUCACGCCUUCCGGCGUCCUCGGCACCGCCGUCCCGCAUUCGCUCUUCCGCCGACUCGUCAAGCAGCGACCGUCAGACGCCGACCACGUCGUUGCCUUCCCGGAUAUUCCUGGCGAGCCGGUGUAUCAGUGGAAGGAGCUCUCCAUCAUGUACAGGAUGUACGCCGAAGGCCUCGUGGAUGAAGAGUUCGGCGGGGCAGUGAGGCGGAACUAUCUCUGGAACCUCGAGAGCUGGGGAUUCGUGUCCAACACGUUCCGUGCCCUCGAGGGGAGGUACCUGGACACGCCGCUCGGUGACCUGGGGUCAAGGCGCGUGUGGGCGGUGGGACCGGUCGCGUCGGAGGCAGACGCCGCCGGCCAGCGCGGCGGGGAGGCGGCCGUCGCGGCCGGCGAUCUCAGCGCGUAGCUGGAC